AUGCCUACAGCCGAGGCGCCAUGUUUACCGGCAGUGCCGGCCAGUUACCGUGACAGGCUUGUAGCAUUUUUCAAGCUGCAUGAUGAGACAAAAUUGGGGCACGUCGAGGCCCUGCUGGAGAAAUACGCCGGGAAGGAGGAGAGACUUAUGUCUGCGCUCGUGAAGAAGUACGCUUCGCUGGAGCUGCAGCCUGAAAUUGCUUCUGCGGACCCGCCAGCGCGCGACUCUUACGAGGAGUGUCGGGCUGCCGUUGUGACAAUACUGCAGCGGCACGACCCCUCGAGGCUGGCGCAGGUGGACCGCCUCCUCCUUAAGCACAAGGGGAGAGAGGAUGCCGUCUUGAGGCACUUGCAGAAGAAGUAUCUCACGGAGGGCGUGGUGCCACCUCCUGAUGCCCCCCAGCCGCCGCCAUCAACAACACCUUCCGAGCGAGACGAUUACAGCCAACGCCUGGCGUCAUUUUUUCUUCUUUACGACCCUGAGAAGGUGCCACACGUUGACAAGAUUCUCCGCAAGUAUCGUGGGAGGGAGGAGAAGAUGCUGGCGGCUCUUGUGCGUCGCUUUGGCCCUGAGCCUUCGAGCCCUAAAAAAAAACCGUCUGCGGAGGCGGAGGGCGCGCCGUCCGUGACGCUUGUCAGCGAAGCGGCGUUUGCCGCACGACUGAGGCGAUUUUUCACUUGCUACGAUGCAAUUAAGCUCCAGGGCAGCCACGUGGAUGAGCUGGUCCACAACUUCUGUGAGGCACCAGAGGCUUUAUUUGAUGAACUAACGCAACUGUACGGGCCAGAGCCACCGGAGGCGGUGCCGCAGCCUCAGCUACCGACGGAGGCUGAAGUUGAUAAACUCCUCCCAGUAGAGAGUUGUGUGACUCUGGCCACGGAGGGGUCUGAGAAUGAUCUCCACCAUACAUUGAGCGGUGCUACUGUUCCGGCGGCUGUACCUGCGGAAAAUGGUCCGCGGGCGGUGGAUGCCACGGCCUUUAUCCGUUUUUUCAGUGCUGAGUGGUGCCUGACAGAAGAACAACAGGCAGAUGCUUCACGACGUCUUGACACCUUUUUUCGCCCCAUCCCUGCGGGUUUAUCACCCCAAGCUGCGCAGGGUCCGUCAUCUGCGGUAGCUUUUGGGGUUACUUCGGACCGACACACGUGGCCGCCGCUCGAUGUGUCUCACGAAGAGCUACAGCGGUGGCGAGAGCAAAAGCUUUUGCUGUCGGAUCGUCUUGCAUGGCGAAGGCGGCUAACGUCGAGGCGAUAA